ACCUGCCGUCGAGCAAAGGGUUAAUGCUGGGUGUUUCCCCCUCCUCCCUCAUAAUCUCCCUCUCACUCACCCCUCCUACCGCUACCAAGUCGCUGGGCAAGAAGGAGUAAAGCCUUCUAAUUCCCGCACGAGGCGGGAUACUCUUCAAUCGUUUUGGGUUGGGGUUUUUUUUUUUUUUGUUUUGUUUUUUGGUUUUUUUUUGCACGACUUUUGCAGUAUUUGCGGCGAGAAGUGCGGCCGUCUUCUUCCACUUCUCGCUCGAAGAGGAUUUCAUCAGUCCAGUCCCGACGUCAAAAUGGAGCUUCAGAAGAUGAACGGGCACAGCCGAGAAGACGGCUUCGAUGGGCUGGAGGCCGCGGCCGCCGAACACGAGGAGUUUCUCCCUCACAGAGGGGGCGCCAAAAGAGAAACCCACUUCACGGACUUCGAAGGGAAGACUUCCUUCGGGAUGUCCGUUUUCAACCUCAGCAACGCCAUCAUGGGAAGCGGAAUUCUGGGAUUGGCCUUUGCCAUGUCCAACACGGGAAUCCUUCUUUUUAUAGUCCUGCUGGUUUUCAUCGCGAUUCUGUCCGCAUACUCGAUCCACCUCCUCCUGAGAAGCGCCGGCGUUGUCGGCAUCCGAGCCUACGAGCAGCUGGGGAACCGGGCGUUCGGCCCGCCGGGCAAAAUCCUGGCGGGGAGCAUCAUCACGGUGCACAACAUUGGAGCAAUGUCCAGCUAUCUGUUCAUCGUGAAGUCCGAGCUCCCGCUGGUCAUUCAGGCUUUCCUCGGCAGAAACACGGGAGAAUGGUUCUUGAACGGAAACUACUUGAUCAUCAUUGUUAGCGCUGCCAUCAUCCUUCCUCUUGCACUCAUGAAACAACUUGGUUAUCUGGGAUAUACAAGCGGCUUCUCCCUCUCUUGCAUGGUGUUUUUCCUCAUUUCGGUGAUCUAUAAGAAAUUCAACAUCGAUUGUCCGCUGGAGGACGGCCAUCAAAACACGAGUUUCAUUCCCGACAACUACACCGUCACGGAAGAUGCCGGAGGCUUUUGCCGCGCCAAGCUGUUCACGAUGAACUCGCAGACGGCGUACACCAUCCCCAUUCUGGCCUUUGCAUUUGUCUGCCACCCUGAGGUGUUGCCCAUCUACACGGAGCUACGAGACGCCACCAAGAAGCGAAUGCAGAACGUCGCCAACAUUUCCAUCUUGGCCAUGUUCAUCAUGUACCUGCUGACGGCUCUUUUCGGGUACCUCACCUUCUACGGUGACGUGGAGUCGGAACUGUUGCACACGUACAUCCGAGUGGACCCGCUGGACGUUCUGAUCCUUUGCGUUCGCCUGGCCGUGCUCGUGGCCGUCACUCUGACUGUGCCCGUGGUUCUCUUCCCGAUCCGCCGGGCCGUCCUCCAGAUCUUGUGCCCCGACAAGCCUUUCCACUGGGCCAGGCACGUCGGCAUCGCGUUGUUCCUCCUGGUUUUGGUCAACCUGCUGGUCAUCUUCGUUCCGUCCAUCCGUGACAUUUUCGGACUGGUCGGAGCCACGUCAGCCCCCAGCCUCAUCUUCAUCCUGCCCGGAAUCUUCUACAUUCGGAUCAUUCCCACGGAGCAAGAACCUUUUCUGUCCAGACCCAAAAUUCAGGCCGCCUGCUUUGCCGCGUUGGGAUUCAUCUUCAUGGUCGUGAGUUUGUCAUUUAUCUGCAUCGACUGGGUGAGCGGAGAGAAACGAAGCGGCGGUGGACACUAGUCGCUCGCCGAGGGCCCCCCUCCCCCCAACCCCCCCCCGACGAUAAGAGAACGUGAAGCCAAGCAAGCCCUCGCCGCGAAAAAUUGCCCCUUAUUGCUCUUCGGCGGCCGGUCAGAACCUUCCUCCCUUGGAAAUAAAAAAAUCAAAAAGAACCUGGAAAAAAAAGACAGAAAGAAAGAAAGAAAUGUGACACGUCCACGGCCCCGCGAACGGCGGCGAGAGAGCGCAAAGACACCUCGUGACCGGAUUCGGCCUUUGCUACGGCCUGACGUGAACUCCUUUUUUUUAAAUCCCGCUCAGGGAAUUAAGAAAAAAUAGCAACAGUGUGACUCACAUGAGACUCCCAUCGAAGGUAUGGAUGGAUGGACCAGAUCUGCGGAAAAACAAACAAACAAAAAAAAAAAAUGUAUGACGCUGCCACCCGACUUCCCAUCUGGGUCGGUUUCGCGACAUGCAGUACGCCGGCGCUUUGGAAUUUGAGCGACACGAACACAAAAAGUUUUCAACGCACAAACUGUCCAAACUGGCACUCCGUUCGACUCACGUCACAAGAAGCAGAACUUUGGCUCGGAGUUAACAAUUCAAAAAAAGAUUUGGAGCUCAUCAUUGCCAUUCCCAGUUGAGGUUUACUGUAAAACUGAAGACCAAAUAAAGAGAUUAGGCGUUGUGUAUUUAAAACAACCCAAGAGAAGCACCCCGCUAGCUGGAUGCUAACCUACAACAGGAAACGCCAUUGAGAUGCUAAUGAUUAGCGUUUUCAGUCAAGGCUUUCGAACUCACGUGCAGAUAUUUGAACAAAAAUGGUGAUGAAAAACAUUGACCGAUAAUAGCGCAACUUCUUUAUAUAUUUAAUGAGUAUGAUUAUUUAUGUACGCUUUAAAAUGACUAAUAUUAUACAGUUUCUUACAGAGUAAUUGACUGUAGCUGUGAAAGUAGUCUAUGUUGUUGUCUGCAUGACAGUAUACUGGCCCCUGGUGGCCAGAAUGGGCACACCGGAAGGAGCGAUACAAUGAAUUGCUGCAUUAGAAUACAUUUUAUAA